AUAAAAUGCUCACUUCCUUGGUGGAUCCAAGUCGCCAUUUGCCUCAAGUGCAAGAGGGGGAUCAGAUUGGUCACAACAGCCUCUGAAGCUAGUCAAAACUAGUGAGAGGCUGUGUGCACAAAACUAGUAGAAAAGAAAAAGGCUUGAAGAUCCAAUGGCUCGUGGUAAGGUUCAGAUGAGGAAGAUCGAAAACCCGGUGCACCGGCAGGUAACCUUCUGCAAGCGGCGAAUGGGCCUGCUGAAGAAAGCUAAGGAGUUAUCUGUUCUAUGUGAUGCUGCUAUCGGUGUCAUCGUGAUCUCCCCUCAUGGCAAGAUUUAUGACCUAGCCACCAAUGGGAACAUGCAAGGUUUGAUCGAGAGGUACAGGAGAACCUAUUCAGAAAGGCCUGGUGAAAGUAGCAACCACAACAAAACCCAGAUAAUAAAACAAGAGGUGUUAGCGUUAACGCGUGAAAUUGAUUUGCUUCAAAAGGGAUUCAGGUACAUGCAUGGAGAGAAUGUAGAGAAUGAUAUAAACCACAUGAAUCUUGACGAGCUCCAAACCCUUGAAAAUAAUCUUGAAAUGUGGGUAAAUAGCAUUCGCUCCCAGAAGAUGCAGAUCAUCUCUAGGGAGAUUGAGAUGCUCAGAAACAAGGAAGCCAUGCUGCAGGCUGUCAAUGGCGUGCUUCAGGAAAGGAUAAUUGAGCAGAAUGGGAUUCUGAAUUUCAGCAACACGGCGAUGACACCGCAAACACCAUUCCAGCUAACCAUGGAGAGAAACUACUAUUUGUAGACAAAGCUGCCAUCCUAUGGAUUUAUACCUUCGGUUCUGAAACUGUAUGGUGUUUCAAUUUUGUUCCAAGUCAACCUUCUUGACCAAGUUUGUAGAAAAAUGUAUAAAAAUCUACAAUACGAAACAAAUGCACCAUUGAGACAGAUUUAAUGGUGGAUUUAAUUAACUAAUUUGAUGUUGUAGAUGUUGGUGCAUUUUUGUACAAACUUGGUCAAAAUUCGAAAAGUUUGACUUGGGACAAAAAUAAACAGAGAUAUAGUAACUCAUAAGCUAUGUUUCCAGUUCAACUAGGCUACCAUGCGAGGACAUCAUAAUCAGAUCCUGACUACCACUCCAUCGUGGGGAAAAUUAGUAUUUGUAUCUAUGCAAGCUCUGCAUGUGUAAAUAAACUACUUUUUAAGAUUGAAUUACCUCUAUGUUCAAUAUGGUAGAACUUUGUGAAUAUAAUGAUGAAAUUUGGCAGUCAGAGUUCUGGCUCAGAAUCA